AUGGAGGUCUUUGAGAGCCCACAGCCGGGCGAGAUGAAAGGAAACUCGUCCAGAGAGAUUGAACUGUCUUCUGAAGUCGCUCUCUUGAUGAAUAUGUUUAUGGAUCACGACAGCUUAAAGAUUCACACAUUAAUCCUGAAACGUUUCUUUCUCCUGUUUCUGUCUAUCAGUGUGUAUCAGGUGAUCGUGGAAGAGGAGAGACCGCGGAGGGCUCGUGGAGGUGAAGCGGAGAUCCUCCGCUGUUAUCCUUCACCGGUUCACUAUCAAAACUCCAGCGGUCUGAACUCACGCUAUUACUACACUGCAGAGUUUCCCUCCGCGGGCAUCCCGUCACCCCAACCGUUCACUGUGGGAGAUAACCGGACCUACAGCGGAUUCUGGAACGCUCCUCUUCAGCCGCACAAGAGCUACAGCGUCUACUAUCAGGCCGUCAGCUCUGCUAAUGGGGAGACGAAAAUCGACUGCGUUCGCGUCGCUACAAAAGCUGCUAUCUUGGUAACACAGCUCACCACACCUUACGUACGCAUUGCUCCAGCCGCUGGAGACCAUCAGCUAACAGGGGCGGCCACUCACAAACCCAACGCCGUGGAGCCGGAGAAACAGACCGACAACACGGUGAAGAUCGCCGGAGUGAUCGCAGGAAUCCUGCUCUUCAUCAUCAUCUUUCUUGGCGUAGUGCUCCUCAUGAAGAAACGGAGAACGUAUCAGUCCUACACUUACUACCUAAAACUAGCAAAGAAACGCAAGGAGACGCUGAACAGCACGCGACAGGAGAUGACGGUGAUGGUGAACUCGAUGGAUAAGAGCUACACUGAACAGGGUACCAACUGUGAUGAAGCUCUUUCAUUCAUGGACACACACAAUCUCAAUGGACGCUCUGGUUCUUCUCCGUGUUCUCUCACAGUGAAAAGCAACACUCUGAACAGCAACAUCCCAAACACAUAUUAUCCAGAUCCAUUUGUGCCCACCGCCAUCCUAGAUGAAACUCAAACGUUGACCAGUGACACCAGCAGUCUGGUGCAGUCACACACACAUUCACUGCGUAAACGUGAAGCCGUAGAUGUGCCGUACCAGACGGGUCAACUCCAUCCGGCCAUCCGUGUGGCAGAUCUGCUUCAACACAUCACACAGAUGAAAUGUGCCGAGGGUUACGGCUUUAAAGAAGAGUAUGAGAGUUUUUUUGAGGGUCAGUCCGCCCCAUGGGACUCUGCCAAGAAGGAUGAGAAUCGGAUGAAGAACCGUUAUGGAAACAUCAUUGCAUAUGAUCAUUCACGUGUAAGGCUGCAGAAUCUGGACGGAGAGCAGAACUCUGAUUACAUUAAUGCAAAUUAUGUUGAUGGCUAUCAUAGACCGAACCACUACAUCGCCACACAAGGACCCAUGCAGGAAACCGUCGUGGACUUCUGGAGAAUGGUCUGGCAGGAGAACACCGCAACCAUCGUCAUGGUGACCAAUCUAGUAGAAGUUGGCAGGGUGAAAUGCUGUAAGUACUGGCCGGAUGACACUGAGAUCUACAGAGAUGUAAAGGUGACGCUGAUCGAGACGCAGCUGCUGUCAGAAUACGUCAUCAGAACGUUCGCUGUAGAGAAGCGAGGAGCCCACGAGAUUCGCGAGAUCAGCCAAUUUCAUUUCACCGGCUGGCCGGAUCACGGCGUCCCAUAUCACGCUACGGGUCUGCUGGGAUUCGUGCGCAGGGUUAAAGCCAAAUCACCAACGAACGCUGGACCAAUCGUGGUUCACUGCAGUGCAGGGGCGGGGCGAACAGGCUGCUUUAUUGUGAUUGACAUCAUGUUGGACAUGGCAGAGAGAGAGGGCGUCGUGGACAUUUACAACUGCGUGAGGGAGCUGCGUUCACGACGGGUUAACAUGGUGCAGACGGAGGAGCAGUAUGUUUUUAUCCACGAUGCCAUUUUGGAGGCGUGUCUUUGUGGUGACACUACAAUUCCAGCCAGUCAGCUUCGCUCUGUUUACUAUGACAUGAACCGAUUGGACCCUCAGACCAACUCCAGUCCAAUCAAAGAGGAGUUCAGGACUCUAAACAUGGUGACGCCGACCCUGCGUGUAGAGGACUGCAGCAUCGCUUUACUGCCACGAAACCAUGAGAAGAAUCGCUGUAUGGACGUCCUGCCACCUGACCGCUGUCUGCCCUUUCUCAUCACUAUUGAUGGAGAGAGUAGCAACUACAUCAACGCUGCUCUCAUGGAUAGCUACAAGCAGCCGUCUGCCUUCAUUGUUACCCAGCAUCCUUUGCCAAACACAGUGAAAGAUUUCUGGAGGCUGGUCCUGGAUUAUCACUGCACAUCUAUAGUCAUGCUGAAUGAUGUGGAUCCAGCGCAGUUGUGUCCACAGUAUUGGCCGGAGAACGGUGUUCAUCGUCACGGUCCUCUUCAGGUGGAGUUUGUUUCAGCUGAUCUAGAAGAGGACAUCAUCAGCAGGAUAUUCAGAAUAUAUAACGCUGCUCGGCCGCAGGAUGGGUAUCGUAUGGUUCAGCAGUUCCAGUUUUUGGGAUGGCCCAUGUAUCGUGACACACCUGUGUCCAAACGCUCUUUUCUCAAACUCAUCCACCAGGUGGACAAAUGGCAGGAGGAAUAUGAUGGUGGAGAGGGACGUACCGUAGUACACUGUCUGAACGGAGGAGGUCGCAGCGGGACGUUUUGUGCCAUCAGUAUAGUCAGUGAAAUGUUACGACAUCAGCGAUCUGUUGAUGUGUUUCACGCUGUUAAAACUCUGAGGAACAACAAACCCAACAUGGUGGAUCUGCUGGAUCAGUACAAGUUCUGCUAUGAAGUGGCGUUGGAGUAUCUGAACUCAGGCUAAUGCCACCGGACUUCUGUGUUUGUGUACAGUCAGCUUGUAUAUCUUUAAAAAUAUAAAUUUAUCCAGCUGUAAUGCAUCAAGACUGUGAAAACUCCAAGUUCAGCUUCAUACUCUUCUCUUUCAACGUGUUCAUGAUGUCACAGCUCCAGUCGUGGCUUCAGUUUUUGAUUUCAGGCUCUCCGGACACUUGAGCUUUGCUAAAGACUGUGUAGAUGUUGUUUUAGAAGGUGUUUUAUGUUUAUACAGAUGUGGACGUCCUUUCAGAAGCACAAUGAAGAAUCAGACGAGUGUUCGGGAGGCCUUGCUGUCUGAUUCAUACCUGUUUAUCAUUUAAUGAAUUACGAGGGCCAUCAUAUGUACAGAAACAUCUCCAGACUCUCUCGUGAUCUUAAUGAAACACUUUCUAGUGUUCUGAAUUACAGCACAGAUGAGUGUUGCAGCUGUUUAGUGAAAUAAGUGUUACUUUGUCUUGUAAAUCGACUUCAUAUACCAUAAUAUAUGAAGGAAUUAUGUAACAUCCAUGACGUCAUCACUUGCUGUGCACCACCAUCAAACGAUCCAAAGCUUUCGCUUUCUUUCUUGCAUCUCUUUAUUGUUCAUUUUGACUUUUGCAUACAAUUUUUAAUAUUAUUUGUUUAUACUGUAAAUAUUAAGUCUUGUGUGAUAUUUAUUCAGGACAAUCAUACUGUAAUGAGUUUAAAGGUUUAAUUACCGCAAACGUUAAUAUUGUUUGAAGAAAUAUUGUACAUGAUUAAAUAUACUGUAUGGAUCAAUAAAUGCCUUGUUGUUUAUAACCCAUAUAAAACCUUGUUUCAUUUCAUGUCCAUUUUUACACCUGUACAUCAUUCGUAUUUGGAUUGAAAUUAUCAGAUUAUUCGGAUAAUUAU